GUGGUGCUGCCAACAUUUGUCCUGGAGAAACGGUCACUGCUGGAAUUAUUUACUGAUUGUAUGGCACAUCCAGAUAUGUUCAUCAAAAUCACCAGCCUUAGAGACCCGGAAGCACGAUUUCUAGCAGUGAUGGAAUGGUAUCUCUUAUCGUUUCACAGUGGAAGGUUGGGCACAUCUGCCAAGAAGCCUUACAAUCCCAUCAUCGGAGAGACCUUUCAUUGCUCGUGGCAUGUGCCUGGAUCUUAUGAUCAUGCCAAAGACAUACUGCUGACGUACACGGCAGAGCAGGUGUCACACCACCCUCCAGUUACAGCAUUCUAUGUUGAAUGUCCCGAGAAAAGAAUAAAAAUGAAUUCCUCCAUCUACACAAAAUCUAAAUUCCUGGGCAUGUCUAUGGGAGUCUCGAUGAUUGGGAAAGUUCUGCUGCAUCUGGCAAACCACGAUGAAGACUAUGUGUUCAGCUUGCCAAGCGCCUAUGCCCGAUCUAUACUGACGGUCCCAUGGGUAGAGCUGGGAGAUAAGAUUCAAAUGACCUGUGAGAGCACCGGAUAUGCGGCAACGAUUGUCUUUCACACUAAGCCCUUCUUCGGAGGAAAGCUGCAUCACGUCAGUGCUGAAGCUAAGAACCAGAAGACGGGAAAAGUAAUUUGUAAAGUGGUUGGAGAAUGGAACGCCACGUUUCAGUUUACCUAUCCAGGUUCUAGAAAUGAUACAAAGAUCAUUGACGUAAACACACUGAAAGUCUACCUCAAGCACGUGCGCCCUCUAGAGAAACAGAGAGAGUACGAGUCACGGAGAUUGUGGCAUGACGUCACUGAGGCCUUAUCCAAACAUGACAUGGAAAGAGCCACUGAAUUCAAGAUGAAUCUAGAGAGCAUACAGAGAGAAGAGGAGCAAAGGCGACGUGAACUCAGAGUGGAAUAUGAAGCCAAGUUUUUCAGAAAUGUGAACGGUGUUUGGUUGUACAAGACUUUACCUGACAGUUUUGGCGUAGAUGCCAAGAAAUGA